AUCUCUAAUUCCAUCCUAAGAGAAUGAGGCGGCCGGAUUCUGAUGAAUUUGAUUAUCCAGGAUGCCCAUCUGCUUAUCAGGAAUUUGUUAAAGCAGUAAUUGCCUAUCGGAAGAAGCUUAAUAGCACAACGUCUGUGCCAAAGCCUCUCAAACUCAAUCAAGAAAUGGAGAAGAAAAGAAAAUUGAUAAUCAGAAGCUUCUCCUUUGCUAAAAACUUAUACUCCACAGGUUCUGAGAUGCAUCCUUCUAAAGAAUCUGAACUUCAAGCUGGAGCAGAAUUUCUUGAGUCAAAUACAGCUUUGAGCAUUCAACCAGAGAACAGAUUGAAGCAGAUGGGUGCAACUGUGAGAAAUGCAGGUUCGUAUAUUGAGAGAUUGGAGCAGAAUGAGGAAAGGGAAAGAUUGGCAAGAAAUAUGAUGGUAAAAAUGUCUGCAGAGCAGUUGGCUGAUCUCGUCUUUCUAUCACAUGAUGGGGAAGAUAUGUUCAGAAGUACUGGAAAAGAAGAUUCAUGGCAUUGUCACUGACCUUGGCUCUUGAGGCCUUCUCCCCAUGACAUUUGAAGGAUAUGCUUUUCUGUUAAUAAAAGGACAGGUCUCCAAAACGCUCACAUGAGAGCUGGGUCAUGGAUCCCUGUCCUUCCUCUGUAUUUUGUCUUUACCUGUUUUCUAUAAUUAAAUUUUAUUUUGUGUA